AUGACUGGUCGGCAAGCCAAUGGAGCAAGCGGAAGCGCCUCCGUUGGUAAACGGAGAGGUCGGCCGCCAAAAACAGCCACCAUGGAUAGACCGAAAAAGUUUCAGUAUCAUCUAAUGAAAAAACCUAAAUAUUUAUGCAAGGAUGCACAGGAUGGCGGCUGUACUCCUUCUACUUCCCGUGCCUCUUCUCCACACGGAAGUGAAGAAAGCCGACCUUCUUCGCGACGGACACCGGCAGCUAAGAGCACCAGAGGUAGAAAAUCUACUACUCGUGGUCGUCCGAGCGGCCGGGGACGAGGUGGACAUCAUAAUUCGUCUACUAGGAAAGCCUAUUCAUACCACGAGUCAGAAUAUCAUUAUGGGUCCGACUUCGGAGACGACAGUGACAAAAGCGAUCUCGAUGAUGAUUACUUGCGCUCACCCAGUGAUUCGGACGAAAGCCUUGUUCAUGAUACGGACAGUGAUUUCUCAAUGACCAGUUCGAGUGGAGGUCCUGGAAUCAACGGAGCAAUUUGUUUAAAAGAUCCGAGUCCAGAUCCGAUCUGGUUACAGGACCGCGAAGUAACACUGCUGGAACUUCCGGAAUCCUCAAAAGAUCUUCUAGUGCCUACGAACAUUGUGCUCAAGUGCACGUCUAUAUACGAAAUUAUCCGGAGGUUUCGUCAUCAAGUUCGAUUAUCGCCGUUUCGUUUCGAAGACUUUUGCGCGGCCAUUUGGAGCGACGAGCAGAGCGCUUUGCUCACUGAACUACACAUUAUGCUAUUAAAAGCAAUAUUGCGCGAAGAAGAUUCUCAACAGACACAUUUCGGUCCACUUGAUCAGAAGGACAGCGUUAACAUAGCACUGUAUCUGAUCGAUUCCAUUACUUGGCCGGAAGUAUUGCGAAGCUACAUAGAAAGCGAUCCAGCUUUGGAUCAAGGUGUAUUAAGGAUUUUAACUUCAACAGAGUACCCGUAUGUUCCGGCAGAUGAUCGCUUAUAUGUAUUACAAUUUUUAACUGAUCAGUUCCUUGUAACAUCACAAGUACGGGAUGAUGUAAUGCAGGAAGCGAUACGCUACGAUGACCAUUGUCGAGUGUGCCAUCGGGUAGGAGAGCUGUUGUGCUGUGAAACAUGUCCUGCAGUGUUCCAUCUGGAUUGCGUCGAACCACCGUUAGAAGACGUGCCAAAGGAAGACUGGCAAUGCAAUCUGUGCAAAUCGCAUAAAGUAUCUGGCGUGAUGGACUGUAUCUCGACACAGGAAAAACAAGGCAUGUUGUCACGUCAAGAAAUGCUAGGAUACGAUCGACAUGGGCGCAAAUAUUGGUUCGUAGUACGACGACUCUUCGUCGAGAAUGAGGACGCAUCUCAGGUGUGGUACUUCAGUACGGUGAAACAAUUUGAGCUACUGUUAUCGAAACUCGAUGCUGAAGAAUAUGAGGCUGAGUUAUACUACGAAUUAAAUCAGAAAUAUCGUGACGACAUCGUGCGACAAAUGACGCUUACUGAAACAUUAACAAAUCAACACAAAGCGGGAAAAAAAUCUUACAUCGACGUAGACAAUCAACGCAUUGAGAAGUUGCUGCUUGGUCAUUUUGAUGAGCAUGACAAAGAAAGUCUGCCGUCACACGUUGAAGGUGAAGAUGAUGAAAGAGAUCAAGAGCAGGAUAGGAAGAGGCUGUCCGGUGAGAACGGAGGUGAAGAAGGCACUAAUAAGGAAAAGCAACAGGCAGAUGAAACAAUUCUCAAGGACGACGAUGAUCAAAACGUUACAGGAGGACAGCAUCUUAAUGGUGGUGGUAGUAAACACGUUACUCGAUCCAAAACAGGUUCACUUACCCCAAGGACUUUUAAUUUGGAUGAAUUAAAAAAGAAAAGUUCAAAAGAUGAAGCUUCAAGUUCCGGGACGGCAAGCUCAACAUCGGACGGGAUCGAUCGGUUAACUCGUCAGAAAGUAACACAAUUGUCUAACGGAACGCUCUUCUUCAAGUUGGGGAUGGAGAAUGGAUAUAAAAAUUAUGUCAAUCAGUACGCCGUCCAUCCUAUAGCACUGAACAAACCACAGCGCAAUGAGGAACGCGACAAAAAACGACAUUUAUCGCAUAAAUUCUCACUGACGACAGUUUCGGAAUUCAAAUGGCUGGGAGGUGGAUUAUACGCGAGUCAGCAGCAAAUUAUUACUACCAUUCGGCAAACUUUACUUGCACUAGAACAAGCGCUUUCGACUCCGUUCAUGCAUCACAACUGGGGUAGGCUACGGAAAGUGUGGAUCAAUGCGAUCGGCGUAUGCACACGCCCGGCAGAGUUUGCACGAGCUAUGUGCAUUUUACAAUCUUGCUUGAGAGGAGUCGUGUUUGCCAGCGUAUGGCAUGAGCAACUUGGCCACACAAAAAUGUAUCGCAUAACAUUGGCUGAACGAGAAGAAAAGAAGAAACUAGAGAAACGAGAGAAACGUGAGCGUGAUGAUGAAGAAGAACGAAAUCGAACGGCAGUUAACUUUGUGAAGUAUUCGCUUGGUUUAAAGCACCAAGUUUGGAAGCAGAAAGGAGAAGAAUAUCGAAUCCACGGACAAUGGGAUUGGAUAUGGAUGGGUAACGGGCGGCGAAAGAAAAUGGUUCCCGGGCGAAUGCUGAAUGAGGCUGCGUAUAUUGUGCUUCCCGUGGUAGUACCCGAAACGGGGGAACAAAAAUUACAAAAACUAGAGUUCCGUUCAUAUGAGGCAUAUCUUCGCUGUGAAGGCAAAGAAAAGGAGCAAAGACAUCUAUCACCGGCGGUUGAUUUUUUAACUGAUAUUGACUCUUUGAACGAAAAGUUACUGCAGAAGUUGAAUCUUAUCAAAACAUUCAAGGUUCCGCAAGAGUAUAGUGCAGAGAUUGAUGUCUCACGUGCAUUGGCUACGCCACAGGGUCGUUUACUGUACCCAAAGGUGGGUAGAAAAUGUCCUUUGUUAGAUGGGUUGCUACAACGACGCACUAACUUGCGAGAGGCCGAAGAACAACGCAUUAAGCUAACCAAAGAGCGGCAGGACGAGGGUUUAGGCGAUGAACCAUCCGUGGUUUCUAAAUCGGAAACUUCGAGCAAUACCACAAUUAUAACAGUGCGAGUGCUUCCAGCCAGCGAAUGCAUUGAGAAACAGCUACAUCGAAUCGUCAACAGUCGUGGCACGGGAACGCAAGUUGGUAGCUCCAACACAAAACCCCAUUUGACUGCGUACCAGCAGCAUCUACGUAAUCGUCAGUAUAGCGAAAAGUUGCAAAAUCUGGCUAGUCAGGUGCAAGAAUUGCGUGUAAAAUAUUAUUAUGUAAAUCGUAUGUCAACGCAGUCUAGAUGUUAUUCGGCUGAGUGCAGAACAACCAGUGAUACAAACUUUUCCUCAUUCCCUUUAAAAGAAUGUUUUUCUCCGUUGUGUCGCCAGAAAAUUGCCUUGAAAGCAAAACUGUUCAGUAUGCUUAAGCAGCUGCAGGUGUUGGAGAUUCAGCAUAGUAGUACCUUGCCAUCCAACACGGCGGGAGCAACAGCGGCAACAACAACGCCUUCAAAGUCCAUUUUGGAGCAGAAACUAACGGAAGUAAAAAAGGAAAGUUUUGAUAACUUGCUUACUAAUUUCUCAGUUAAUGUAUUCAAAUCAUUAAAUGAAGACUUGGAGCGUUCGAAGCGUACAAUGGUAGACUUCAAUGAGGAGCUGCUUAACAGGCUUACAGCCAACGUUACCACAAAACAAACGGAUUCUCUUGAUGGUGCAAUAAAAGUGGAGCCUAACCCUUUAUCUUCAGCGUCCAUGAUGGAAUGUGAAGAUGUAGUUAAAGAAGAAGUUGUCUGUAGCACUGAAGUUAAUGCCGGUGAUAGCAGUUGCGCUUUACUCGAUGAAACCACGACGACAACAGUAGCUGAUACUAAACCGAUGGAUGUUGAUGAUGGCGAGACGUCUGCAAGCGUACCGGUAAAUGAGAAUUCUAAUUCGUUUUCUUCGGAUGUUUCGAAUGGGGACAACAGUACACGCGUUACUCGCGGUCGUGGACGAUCGAGGACAGCUGUAAAAUCAAACGAAAAUACGGUGGUGUGUGAAAAUAAAGAUAUCGUCGACACAGGAUGUAUCAAACCGAAGCAGGAAGAAGAACAAGAGAAGAAACUCCAUCUUAUGAUCCCGAUGAAACCCAAUCGGCGAUUUGCAUUACCUUCUAGAAGCAUAAAGAAAGAGGACGCAGAAGAAAAAGAAGCUGCUCCAGACGGUAGCAUGCGUGUCUAUUCUGUCAACAACACGAGAGGAAAAAUUUAUCUUAAGAAAACGCUUCCUCCAGCGGUAAUGGUAGCGAGUGGAUCCGUCGAAGGAAAACCAAAAACCGAGACAAGGAUACCUGUUUUGGGCAAUGGAAAGCCUCGAUAUCCUGUUGUCAAUUAUUUCCGCACUAAAAAAGUUGGUGUAUCGUCUAUAAUGGUCUUGCCUCGCGGAGAAUUGUUAAAACUAGCAAAGCAUGGUGGUCGGUUGCAAGUGGCCGGUUUCCAUCACUUGGCAAAAACAAAUUCAUCCGUUUGGCCGUACCCAUGUUCUAGACCGUUGUUUAAGACUUGUUGGCUGUAUCGAAGUGUUAACCUUUCGUCACUGGCAGCAGUAGGAUUACAACUGCGCAUUCUAUGGACUUGCCUGAGGUGGGAUGACAUGGCGAUGAAACCGCUCACAGCUGACGGAAAGCAUCAAGUCACUACCGAAUCAGAAAUUAUGUCGUUGGAGCUACUACGCCAUAAGCAUAUUGGAAUGUUCAAUGAGAGGCUGCAAUAUCUGCGCAGGAAGGUGGUUAUACCGCUUGAGCUUCCGAAAACUAUACGAGAGGUUCAAUCAAUUCGUUCCGGGUUACGCAAACGAAAGCGUGCAGAAUCACCACAACACACCGAACCACAGGUUUCAGAAGAAUGGAUCGACGAGGACAAGCUGGAACUAUGGGAGAUCAAGCUUUAUGGUGAAAAACAGGAAAAGCUUGCUGCGGCAUCUGCGCAACCAGUGACACGUAACAGCACGGGCAAAUUACCUAUCAGUAAUCGAAACAACGAUCCUUCUUCGGUAUCGUCACCUGCCGGAGGAUUAACAAAGGCAGGCUCCGCUAUCAACAGCAAAGCAUCGCGUGAAGAAAUUAAUGAAAAAAUGGAGCAACAAUUGCGCUUACAGCGAGCGGCACAUAAUCAAAAGAGAGCACUGGAGUUGAAACAGGAAGCAGUAAGUACUCCAAAAGGUGCUGGAAUCAUUCAACGUAAAAUUUUGGUGAAAAAUCCUGACGGAACCACAAAGAUCAUACAGCAAAAUGUCACGACAUCAUCGACAAGCACAGCGACGCAUGCAGCAGGUACAUCGAAGCCGGAUGGCCCACAAAAAGUUCAAAUAAUUCGUGGACCUGAUGGGAAGGUUAGCGUACGUGGAUUGAAUCCCGGACAACAACUGAUUCAAACUCCGGAUGGUAAACUACAUGUACUUAGUAACAAUCCCAACUCACCCAAGCAAAUGAUUACCAAAAUUGGACAAAAAAUUGUUAAAAUGGGCGCUACACCCGCGACGACCAAUUCAACUGCAUCAUCGACGGUCACCAGUGGUGACGGCGUAGCUUCUUCAACCCCUACGCAGCACAUUUUAAACAAAGGAGUUUUGAUGCGUAAUGCAACAACAACCCCAACCGGAGUAUUAUCUCAACCCGUAAAACAGGUUGUACAAAGACAAAUCCUUCAAAAGGUACAAACUCCAAGCUCCUCGACCGUUGGCCAAACUGUGCAGCAGCUUGUUUCCACGACUCCGCAGAAGAUACUUAUCAACAACCAGAACACGUUACAAAAGGUUAUUACUAGUAGUGGCCAUCAGUUGUUAACCACAACCACCCCGGUUCAAAAGGUUGUUACGCAAUCUAACUUACAGCAAUUGCUUCAGGGUACCCAGCCUCAAGGAGGUCAGAAAGUAAUCGUUGAACCGACGGCUGCAGCAGCUGCCGCCGCAGCAGCCACGGGAACGGCGCAAUCGCCAAUGCCAACGCAAAAAGUUCUACUUGCAACAACUCCUGGUCAACCUACGGUUGCUAAGCAGAUCCUGAUUCAAAACACUACCAGCGCAGGAGGAACUCCACAACAGAUUAUAUUUAAUCAUGGGGGACAGAAAAUGGUGCAGCAAAUAGUUGCUACCCCUGGUCAACAAAUAAUGAUUGGUGGCCAACGGAUAAUUUUAAAUAGCGGUCAAAAACUCGUAAGCAAUACCCCAAUACAAAUUCAAACACAACCUGCUGUUGUGUCUAUGUCGGGAGGAGGGCAAUUAACAGCGACAGGAACGAUGCAGCAAAUCCAAAAAGUGCAGCAAAUCGUCACUGCCGCUCAACCAACAGUUGCUACAACAACUAUACAGUCUCAACAGCAGCCGCAGCAAACACAGCAAAUCCAGUUUCAAAUUCAACAGCCGGCAGGCAUUCAAACCGUUACCACAUCACCUCAACAACAGCAACCGACGGUUGUUAGUCAAGCACAAAGCUUGGCCCAGCAACUUUCGAAUGGAAAACUACAGCUGGCUAAUGUGAGUGGGCAACAAGUACUGUUGCGACCAAUCGGUAAUAAUCAAGCGCAUAUUGUUGCACAUAUCAAAUCACAACCGAACGGAACGGCCCAAAUUAUUCCCGUGGGUAACUUAACUGAUCCAACCCAGGCUCAACAGCAACAAUUACAACAACAACAACAACAGCAAAUUAUUCAGCAACAACCAAUUCUCCAACCUGCUGGUGUAGCAGUGCAACAGGUGUUACAAACGACGACAAACAUUAACAAUGCGGUCAUCCAACAGCAACAGCAAAUUAGUAACUCAGUGGAACAGUCGCUGCUGCAAGGUCAACCGCCUGGAACGGUUAUCAAGUGUGUUACAGCGCAAGUCGUGCAAACCGGUCAAGGACCAAGAAUUGUAUUGCAAGGAUUGCAAGGCAGUGACUUCACUCCACAACAGUCCGCUUUAGUGCAGCAUCAAGUCAAGCAACAGUUACUAAAAGCCCAAGAAUCAAACGGUCGGCAAGGUGUGAUUGGUCCAACAAAGAUCUAUCUCGCAAUUCAACCAGCUCAGAACUCUAUAGCGAACGCUAGUGCUGCUGCCAGCCAUCCUCCUCCUCUGACACCGGUGCAAAUUAAACAUGAUAGCGGGGCACCUAUACAGAUUCAUCAUCAAGAUAAUGUCGCGGAACCAAUGAUUGAAUCGGUUGCGAUAGAAGAUAACGCGAGUGUCUCUCUUGCAACUGCCGUGCCAAUUAUAACCGGAUCUAACAACAAUAACUCGAGCGUCGAUGACGGGAAGCCUCGCAUCAUAUCCAAUAUUAUCAUAAAUGGUGCUAAUAAUGCGUCGUUGAUAAAUCCUUUAGUUAAAAAGGAACUAAUACAAAAGGUAAGCAAUAAUCUGAAUAAGCAACAGCAACAACAAAAGUUGCAGGAACAGAAAACAAUGGAAGCAGAAACGGAACCUUCUGAGGAUACAGCCAGACUAUUAAAGGAUGUGGCAAAUGAAACAAAAGCAUUGGAAGGGCAAGAGGGAAAUGAAGGAAAGGAUUCUUUCGUUGUUACACCGGAUUACAUUCAACAAUUGAUAAAUAAUGCUCGCAAACAAGGAAACACCCCAGAGAUAGAGGAAAAGUUGUUGAACUUACAACGCUAUCACGAGAAGCAGACAAAACCAGAAGAUCGUACCGAUCGAACAAUUGCAUUGCAGCAUAAUUAUAGCAAUAUGACUGGUACCCGAAAUGAAUCGCAUAGUAACAACAGCCGGAUUAGAAAGCGUACUACACCACGCGGCGAGGAAGAUGAUGAAGAAUGGCAAAUGGAGACUCCGAAACGGUCUCGACCUUCAAAAAGCGCAACAUCCGCCACUGGUGCAACUGUGACAAGCCCAACUGCCAGCAGUGUUGGCAGCAGGGAAAGGAAGCUGUCCAACAACGAAGCAGCUCAUAUCAGUUCGCCGAGUAGAAAACGUACACCGGGCUCUAGUCACCAGUUGCAUGAAUCGCCAACAACUACGUCGACGAAAUCUUCACCGACAGCUGUUCCAAACGCAUGUCAUAUAUCAACAGACAACAAGUUGGAAUCUCUUUCAUCCGGUCGACACAGAAAUGUCGAUAAACGAAAGCAAACCAUAGCCAUGCCACAAUCAAUAAGCGGGGAAACGCCUCUUGUUGAUGUCGCUGCUGCUUCUGUCUCUGCAAGCACCACAAAUUCCCCGCAGCAAAGCCCUCGUCAAAUCAAAUCGCAGGCACAAUUGAAUCGUCACAAGGAACAGUUAAAGAAAGAUAUUCUCAAGAAACGAUCUCAUCUCGAAAAGGAAUUGCAGGUACAAAUACAAAAGGAACUCUCCGUCGAGCUGCAGUCGGCUUCUAGCACCAUGAAUAUCCGGGCGGCGUCAGCGGCAGGAGGAGGAGGGGUGGUCGCCGCGGCAGGUACGACAGCAUCCACCUCCUUAGUUCUCCAGCAGGAACAAAACACCAAUAUGCUUCAAUCAUCUACGGUCGAGGCGGCUGUGUCUAAUACGGACGGACACGAUGGAAAUGAAAUGCUGUCGCCGCCCGGUCGUGGUAGCCUGAAGCAUGCGACGGAUAAGAGUUCCUCUGCAUCGACCGUAACUACUACUACGAGAAGAAGAACAAUCGCUGCUGCUGGCAAUGCUAGUGCCGGGAAAGAACCUACUGGUGGAAGUGGUGCAUCUGUUACAGUUGCUAGUAGUAAACGGGGCCAAAAACAUUCCUCACCUGCAGCAUCGAAAGCACCUGGCAAUCGAGCAUCGGGCAGUCGCGGUCAAACCAGACGCAAUACGAAGAAAAAUAACAAAGCUCAAACGCAUUGCAUUUGCCAGACGCCUUAUGACGAUUCGAAAUUUUAUGUCGGUUGUGAUCUAUGUAACAACUGGUUCCAUGGCGAUUGCGUUGGGAUUAGUGAGGCAGAAUCGAAAAAAAUCACGGAGUACAUCUGUAGUGAGUGUAAGCAUGCCCGAGAUACACAGGAAUUGUACUGUCUUUGCAGACAACCGUAUGACGAAUCUCAGUUUUACAUCUGCUGUGACAAGUGUCAGGAUUGGUUUCAUGGGCGAUGCGUUGGCAUAUUGCAAUGCGAGGCUAAUAAUAUCGAUGAAUACAGCUGUCCUAACUGCCAUAUGAACAAUUCGAUCAAUUUCGCCAACAUGAAAACACUUAGUCCCAAGGAAUUUGAAAAUCUUAAGAAGCUAAUCAAGCAGAUACAGCAACACAAAAGCGCCUGGCCAUUCAUGGAACCGGUUGACCCGAAUGAGGCACCUGAUUACUAUCGUGUGAUAAAAGAACCGAUGGAUUUGCAAAAAAUUGAAGGUAAAAUUGAUAACAAGAUCUACCAAACAUUGUCCGAGUUUAUUGGUGACAUGACCAAGAUAUUUGACAAUUGUCGAUAUUACAACCCGAAAGAGUCUCCGUUCUUCCGGUGUGCCGAAAGCUUAGAGUCGUUCUUCGUUCAAAAGAUCAAGCAUUUCCGCGAGCAUCUCAUCGAUCACGAGUCUGCUGUGGGCUCUGCUGCUGACAUCGUGCUAACAACAACGGCAACGACAGUCGUCGCUGCAAACGUAAGUCCAACGGCGUAGUCUUGUACCACUUCCAUUCUGUACAACUAUUUGCAGAAUGGAUAGAAAAGAAAAUACUUCUACGUGAAAAUAAGGUAGAUAAGACUAGUU